AUGACACAUGCCAAAAGGAAAAACCAUACAAACAGGCCCACAUACAUCUCAUUAAAAACCGUCAAAGAGAAUGUUUACAAUGUUUACUUUGAUCAAUUAUCAAUAAAUUCAUUCGAUUCGAAUGUGAUAUCAGUAAAAACUAAUUCAGGCAAGCUUAAUGCAUCAGAAAACAUAAGUGUUUUAGCUUUGACGCCUACUAUAGCAGUAGUUCAUUGGAUGCCACCCAAGAAAUUGAAUUGCGUGGGCGUGACCUACGAAGUGCAUUGGAAGUCAGUUAUAUUAGUGAACGGCACGCAACAAAAAAGUAAACAAGUUAUCAAUGUGCCGAAACAUACAUAUGAUAAAGCUAUAGACAAACUUAAAUUAGCUGAACAAAUAUCCGAUACAGAUGGUGAUGAUGGAAAUGACCUCAAAAAAUCGAGCUAUCAACGAGCAAAAAAAAAUGGUUCCUCUGCUGAUAAUUCUGAUACAAAUGACACAAGCAUCAAUAAAUUAAAAACUCGCAAUGAUUUAGAGUUAGAUGAUUUUCCUAAUACACCAAAAGCUUUAACAAUAAAUAAGAGCAAAAUCUGUGAAAUAAAGACAUCAUUAAUACAAGUUACAUGUAGUAAAUCCAUAAGUUCACAAGAACAUCGAACAGCAAAUAAAGAUGACCUUGUUCCACAAAAUUCAGAUACAAUAUCUACAUCCAAUACUUGUAAUGCUGAGAUUGAUUUAGAUUUUCAUAAUUUAAUUAUCAGGAAACUAAAUGCAGUAUUGUUGAAUCUUGCAACAAUUGAUGAACGUUUAAUAAAGUUGGAUAAUCAAAUAAGAAGAAAUGAGGAUACGGAUUCAAAAGAAAAUGAAGAUUAUGAUUUCGAUUUGCCAGCAGAUACCGUAGAACAAUUACAGAGAAUUGAUAAUCAAUUAAAAAACAAAUGUAUUGCUGCAGAAAUGACAAGACAAUUGAGCCUUUUAGGAGGUAAGGAUCAUCAUGAUGUGAUUUCGUACAUGAUGAAACAUAUUUUAACAAAUAAAUUAGCAAUGGAAUAUAGUUGGGCUGGUGCAAAAUUGAAAAAUGCCUUUAAAAAUCUUCGCAUUACUAUAUGCAUCAUAAAUGCUGCGCGAACUUCAAGAAGCAAUUUAACAAAUAAGGAAAUUGAGGAUAUAAUUGCAAGAUGGCUAAUUUUAGCCAAGCAGAGAUUUGACCGAGAUUUGAAAAAGGAAGAACGAAAAAAGAGAUGCGAAAAUGAGGAGAUCUAAACA